AUGAAGAAGCAUAAAUUCAACGGGCAUAUUAUUAACAUAAACAGCUUAGCCGGUCACUACGUACCAUCGUCUCCCAAAUUUAACGUGUAUUCGGCGAGCAAAAAUGCAGUAACUAUCUUCACGAGGGCUCUACUCAAUGAACUAGCUCAUUCCAACAGCUACAUCAAAGUGACUAGUCUAUCUCCAGGCUUAGUCAGAACGAACAUGGUAGACGCCCAAGACAAAGAUAUACAAAUGUUGGAGCCGAAAGAUAUCGCUGACGCUGUUUGUUAUGUUCUCGCCACUCCUCCAAACGUUAACAGAAAUGGUUAUAAAAUAAAAACGGUAAUUAAAACAGUUUUUUAUUACGAAGCACAUUAUCCACUGAACUGGAAGACGCUAGACGAAGCCAAGCCCAACAUGCUUGUCGUAAACUGUACCAGCGCACGUAGAAUAUCCAAUUUCAGCGUCCAGAAAGGAGACGGCGCAUUUGCGUCUGAUGAAAGCUCACUCUGA